AUGGCGAAUGAGAUCAGACUUGAACAAGUUCUGUUUGUAAAAACCUUCAGGCUUUCUGCCCGGAAGACAACAAAGUUUACAAGUGCUUUGGAUAUACCUGUGGAGUUUGUAGAGAAGAAUGUGAAAUUGCGGGGAAAAUUACAUCACAUAACUGAGAAAGGCCUGGAAGUUGAACACAUUCCCAUUAGCAUUCCUUUCAUUACAUUGAUACAGAGAAAAUGGCAAUCAAAAGGUCUUCUGCUGGUAAGACUUGCUGGAGUGGAGUUGGCUCCGAGCGGCAUGGCCUGGUUACAGCAAGAGUUAAAACCCAAACAAAUGAUAUGGUUCCAACUUCUCGGAAGGGAGGACUUGGCACUCGAGUGCCUUGUUUUAGUAAAUAAGGGUCGAUUUCUCAGCGUGUGCUUAAAUGAAGAGAUCUUGAGGCAAGGGCUUGGCAGAACAGCACGUAUUGAAGGACUACAUCACGAUACCCCCCUGUACUGGAAACUUCACAAAAGACUGCUUCGAGCAGAGUUAAAGGCCUUGAAGAAAAAUAAAGGAAUAUGGAAGGAAGAAAGCUACUCUGAAAGAAUUAGAGAUCGUAUAAGCAACAAUAAAUUUGUACAGACAUUGAAACAAUUUGCGAGCUGGUUAAAAAGUUCUAUUUAAAGGUAAAAAGGGAGAUUUGUUUGGAGGAAUGCCAGUUACCUAGGUUAUGUGCUUUAUGUAAAGUAGAAGUGUAUGAUAACAGACAGUGCCAUAAUUUUGAGGGUCCCUGUCUUGAACAGAAAACUCACAAAGUUACCUAAUGCCGUAUUAUAAUCCACGUGGGAUUGAAUUUUAGUAGUAGUAUGCAGGUCAUAAAUUAAGGUCUUCUGAAGCCAAACUUUUCCACAGUAUUUGUCCUAAAUUAGUUUUCCAGUUUUCCACCUGCUAAAUACCUACACAGCUGUGUUAACUAACUCGUGAAAGCAGUCGACAGCCCAGUUUUUAAGAGGUGCUGAGUGUUAGUUCACAAUGUACGGCCUUAAAUGCUUCUCUGUUACAUGUCAUUACUAUGCAACCCCCAUUGGUUAGAAAACUCCAUUUCAGACCUUUACAAAGCUUGUGGUAUGUGUUUACACACGAGCAUUUUGUUUGAAUUCUAUUCUUAUACUACUUUUGUAUGUAACUUGUGUUUUUAAAAAUCUUUCAUCUUGAAUGAUGGGUUGCUUUGUUACCGAUAUAAGAGGUAAUUUGUUACGGCUGAUCUCAAAAAGCUGAUAAGGUCAUAACAGCUAAAGUUUCUUGGGGAAAAAAAAAUCACUUGGUAUAUCAAAGAAUGUAAAUUAAUGUGUCAAUAAUCCACAUUUUUAGAAGACAACAUUAAACUGAAGAGGAAAAACAUGCUGUUUUUUCUGAUGGUUCUAUAAAUACCAAAAAUUAGAUGAAAAUAGAACUUUAAUAUGAAAUUG